AAACUCAAUGUUCUGAUGAACUGACAUGAUACAUUUGUGUCCAAAUACUUUUGUGGGCCUCUCUACAUUUACAAUGAACUACAACUCCCAGCAUUCACAGUAAAACGUCACAGCAAGUGCCAAAACAGAACAGACCACGUGAUGUGUGUGCCGCAUUUCUUAACAGCAUAUUCUUGCUUUAAUUUGUUGGCUAGCGAACUGUUAAGUUUAAAUUUUACUGUCUACCAGUGUACUAAAGCAGAGAUGGAAGUGGAAACAGCACGACCUUAUUUUUUCGGUGACAUCGGUUUCUGGGCAGAGAGGACAGAGGUUCAUAAGGCUGCGUAUCAAGGUCAGGUGUCAGUGCUGCAGAGUUUGAUUCAGAGUGGAGCUUCAGUGAAUAUUGUGGCUGUGGACUCCAUCACUCCCCUCCACGAGGCAGCUGCACGCGGACAGACACAGUGUGUGAGAUUGCUGCUGGACGCAGGGGCUCAGGUUGAUGCAAGGAAUGUGGACGGGAGCACUCCUCUAUGUGAGGCUUGCUCUAUCGGGAACUUCGAGUGUGUGAGGCUUCUUUUGGAGUAUGGCGCAAAAAUCAACCCCACCCUUACCUCACGUACCACCUCCCCUCUACAUGAGGCCUGCAUAGGAGGUAAUGCUGAUUGUGUGAGGUUAGUGAUUGCUAAAGGAGCCAGUCUGGAGGCGUAUGACCUGUACUAUGGUACUCCUCUACAUGUGGCGUGUGCCAAAAAACACCUGGAGUGUGUCAAGGUGCUACUGAAUGCAGGUGUGCGAGUGAACGCCGCUCGGCUACACAAGACGCCUCUGCAUCACGCCGCCAAGUCCAACAAUGUGGACAUGAUUGAGCUGCUGGUGGAGUUCGGAGCCAACAUUUAUGCCAGAGACAAAUAUGAUAGGAAGCCAGUCGACUACACAACCCCAGAUACGCCCUCAGCGCACUGCCUUCAGCUUUAUGAGAGUAACCCUCUUUCUCUGCAGCAGCUGAGCCGUAUCACCCUGAGGACCGUCCUGGGCACUAAAGCUGUGGACGUGGUGACCAAACUGGAUAUUCCCAACCGUAUUAUCCGUUAUCUCUUAUACCAAUGAACUCCUUCCGUAGAGGUCCACAGAUGCAGUGGAAAUAUGGACUUUUUACCUCAAAUGUACAAAAACUUGAAACAUUGAGAUCUCUCCAACAACAAAUAUGAGUUAUAUCAGUACUGUCGAGCAUUAAAGGUGAAGUGUGUAACUUUUUUCAAUGUUAAAGACACCACGAAAUCAAAAGUAACAAUUCAUGUUUUAGCAAUAUUUAUUAUAAAGGAUUUAUCCGUGCACAACAUUUGUUUAGAAUUCACGUGCCCUCAUAAUCUUUAAUCAAAAUAACUUCCUCUCCCUCUGAAAGCGACGUCUCUUCUCUGAUGACAUUUUUUUCAGCGCGAAGGCGGGGCAACCUGUCACUCACAUGAGAUCGACCAAUAGCAAACCACAACCAUUCAACGAUCCAAUCAAUUUGCGAUGGACAAAUUCAAGUCCUGCUCUACAUUUUUUCUUGUUCGUGAAGCCAUUUCACGUCACAAUAGGGAAGAAAAGACUAUCGCAACUUUCAUGCAGUCUUUAAAAAUGUGUCCUAAUCAUUAUUCUUACAAUUUUGUACAGUGCAACUAUUGGUACAGAAAUUACACACUUCACCUUUAAAAGAAUAGUUCACUCAAAAAUAAAAAUUCUGUCAUUAUUAACUUACUUUCAUGUCGUUCCAAAACGGUAUGACUUUAUUUCUUCAUG